AUGGAGCGACAGUCGCAAACCCUCAGAGUCAAGCGUCGUGUACGGCUUACGCCCGAGUUCCAGGCCCUCUGGCAAGGCAAGGAGACACGUACCGAGUGGGAACCCCCGAGACCGGCCCCGCGAGUGGCACCACCACCACUGGCUACUACUACUACCUAUAUUCCAGAAGUGUCGAGGCUGACACGCCCAGUACCGCGUCCACCGCCACUGGUAUCGUUUACUAGAGGGAGUAAUGGUGCUAGCAAUCCCGUCCCACGAGUGGUGAGACCCCCUGAGUCGUCGCUGUAUGGCUAUAGUCGUCCAUUGCCUAAACUGAGACAGACGACGACUGAGCCGAUUUCAGUGGAACCAGUGCUGAUACCCGAUGUCAGAUAUACUCCUGCAUCUCGGUAUACCUCUGGUACUGAGGUUGAUCCCGAAUUACACCAAUACGAUGAGCUUUCACACCUUUUCCACCAGAUGGAUCUGGAGAUCCAAAGAACAAAAAGCGAGGGGCUUCGUGUGGCUCGACGGGUGAUUACGGAGCCCAUGAGUCGUCCGCGACGCAACUCGGACCCGACUAACGGCACAGAGACGCUGGCGUCUCGUAACAUCCUGCCGUCGUCAAUUGGUGCCGAACACAGCCGACUGAGUUCUGUCGUACACACCCCUGCUACCGACAACGAGCUGCAAUCAACAACGAGAGAAUCACAUGAGACUAAGCCCAAAAGCAGUGAUCCCAGUGAGACGAAGCCCGAUACCAGUGAUUCUAAUGUGGCUAAGUCUAAAUCCAGAGAAUCUAGUGAGACGAAACCGAAGAGAGAAGAGUCCAUUAAAUCCGAGCUGACCCCGAAAACAAAAGCUGAAUCAAAGGCUACUACCCAAAGAGAGGAGACUGAAUCCAAGCCCACCACCCAAAAUGCUGAACCAGAGCCGCCUACACAAGAAGAGCAGACUAUUGUGAACACCCCUUCCCCACCGAGAUCUCGAGAAGCCGAUGAAGAACCGCUACAGGGACUGUCACAACCACUCAAACCGAAAGUCAAAGCUGAGCCAACUACACCACAAACAGCGCUGUCACCAUCGUCAUCCACGAAACAAACGAAAACUACUGACGAUGACGAGGAUGCCACCAAACCACAAACGACCGAUACGGUGUCACCCUCAAUUACUUCGGUGAUGACGGCUCAUCGCAAAUCACAGUUUACCGAUGCCGGGUACUUCCUUGUGGCUGCGUUCAUUGCGUUGUACGCCGCCCGACUCGGCUAUAAUAACAUUGACAAUCUUGUGUGGCUCUGGCAGUACCGCAGUUGGUUCAAUAUCCCCAUAGUGUAA